GCGGCGGCCACCGGGAUGCGGCGGGGAGCGGGUCCGGGGCGGCGAUGGGCGCUGCUGUGGGCGCUGCUGUGGGUGCUGUGCUGCCCCGCGGCGGGCGGCGGCGGGCGGAGAAGGGCCGCCAGCCUGGGCGAGAUGCUGCGGGAGGUGGAGGCGCUGAUGGAGGACACGCAGCACAAGCUGCGCAACGCGGUGCAGGAGAUGGAAGCUGAAGAGGAAGGGGCGAAAAAGCUGUCAGAAGUAAACUUUGAAAACUUACCUCCCAACUACCAUAACGAGUCUGACAAGGAAACCAGAAUUGGUAACAGAACUGUUCAGACUCAUCAAGAAAUUGAUAAGGUUACAGAUAAUAAAACUGGAUCAACAGUUUUUUCUGAAACAGUUAUUACAUCUAUAAGAGAUGGAGAAAACAAGAGAAAUCAUGAGUGUAUCAUCGAUGAAGACUGUGAAACAGGGAAAUAUUGCCAGUUCUCCACCUUUGAAUACAAAUGUCAGCUCUGCAAAACCCAGCAUACACCCUGCUCCCGGGAUGUUGAAUGCUGUGGAGACCAGCUCUGUGUUUGGGGCGAGUGCAGGAAAUCCACUUCAAAAGGAGAGAACGGCACCAUUUGUGAGAACCAACACGACUGCAACCCUGGAAUGUGCUGUGCUUUUCAGAAAGAGCUGCUGUUCCCUGUGUGCACACCCUUACCUGAGGAAGGUGAACCCUGCCAUGAUCCCUCGAACAGACUUCUCAACCUCAUCACCUGGGACCUGGAACCCGAUGGAGUGCUCGAGCAGUGCCCAUGUGCAAGUGGCUUGAUCUGCCAGCCUCAGAGCCACAGCCCUACAUCUGUGUGUGAACUGUCUGCCAAUGAAACCCGGAAUAAUGAAAAAGAAGAUCCCUUAAUCAUGGAUGAGAUGCCAUUUCUCAGCUUAAUCCCCAGAGAUAUUCUUUCUGAUUAUGAAGAAAGCAGUGUCAUUCAGGAAGUGCGUAGAGAAUUAGAAAGUCUGGAGGAGCAAGCAGGUUUGAAGCCUGAGCCUGACUCAGCUCAGGACCUGGUUUUGGGAGAUGAAAUUUAAAGUCCAAGCACCAGGCAGUUUAGUUAGUCAUUUCUAGCAAUUUUUUGUCUAGUGUCUUGCUUAUAUAAACCCUAAACACACACUGCUGGAUAGAAGUGCAAUAAACAAGGUCUUCAAUGAAAAUACUUCUCUGUGCACCAAACCUGCAUGUUCCAAUUACUGUUGAAUUCAUUCAAUCCUUGGACCAAACCUGUCAAAUGGGAAGUGUUUCUUCUGGAUUAGUUUUUUUCCCCUGUGUACAUCAGAAAUAAACUUAUUAGUACUUAUACUCAUUAAAAAAUACACACGAGCAUAAAUAAUUUAAAGUUAUUAGUAACUUCAGAAGUGACUUUUGAGUAUGAACCAUCUACUUUGAACUGCUGUAGUCAUUAAUUUUAGGGAAUUUUUAAUUUUUUUUCCUUUAGAAAACAUGGUCAGUGAAGCUGCAACAUCCAGAUUGUGGGUGUCACAGUGCCACGAAGCACUCUGCACCACAUGAACAUUCCUUCCUGGGGGAAUGUUGUUUAAGGACCUGUUGGCUACAUUCCAUCAUCACCUGCCCUUUGUGAGACUCAGGGGCAGUGAACAUCAAUUCCUGACUUCAGUGUAGCAGUAAGACAACUGAAAUAGCUUCUUGCACUUAGAGACACCCAGAGAACAACCUCUGAGGAAUGGUUUAUGCUUUUAAUACACUUCACAGGCAUAAAUCUCUGCAUGUUAUAGGAUGUGCUUAUUGUGACCAUCUUUAAGAGGUCACUGAUUUAAGAAAUCGAUGGCAAGCCAAGAGUAAAAUCCAAUCCACCAAACUCCCCAGCUGUCUCAUCAGUUUGCUUCAAUGGCUCUUCCACUAUUAAUGGUUUUCUGGGGUACAGGUGUCACCAUCUGUUAUUCCACAUGGGAAAACAUGACAUGAGGUUCCAGCCAAGUAACUUUUCAUGGCGCUUCUUCCCAAAUAAUCCCUACUGCUUCUCUCUGAUUUGGAACAGCAGAGCACCAACAGGAGCAGCUGUAAGACUGUGUUACCAGCCUGUACAUCUUUCACCAUGUCUGCACUAUGAAAGCUUCUCAAUAAAUUCCUUGGGUACCAGAAUUAAUGUUAAUAAUCAUAAUCAACACGAGGAUAUUUCAUCAGAACAGUCUGGCUUUCAGUUUAAGGAUUCUACAACCAAUUCUCACACCAGCACAUACACCCAGGCACCUGCUCUCAGAGCUCACUGAAUUCACCUCUCCUUUCUAUCCCCAGUAAAAUCAUUGUACUUUAGAGACAGCCCAUCUAUACAAAGAGAAGGAAUUAAAUCUGUUAAAAAAAACCCACUAUAGAGAGCAGUAAUUGUCUAUUAAAUACUGCUCUCUUAAUGAUAGUAUUACUCUCCCUUCAAAUUCUUGGUGCUGCAAUCCUCAGAUCUCAUCUCUAGAUUUUUGCCUCUCCAAACGUCUUUGAGGAAAAUUCAUGACCCAUUUGAUAGGUAAUUCUUUUCCUCUCUUCAAAAGCUCCAAGGUUCCUUCAGCAGUCUAUAUAAAUGGUAAAGGCAGUUUAAUGACAUACCCUGCCUAGAGGAUGGUAACUCCCUCUCUGCUCCCUUUGCCCCCUCUUCCACUUACGUUGGGCAAGGGGCAGCACAGGACAAAGAGAAGAGGAAGAACGAGGGAGUUCAUCUGUGCAGUGCCUGCUUCUCAAGCUGCCAGAUUCCUCAGGAUUUUUAGGUUGCUGUGGGCCAGCAUGCAAGGAAGACCUGAAGGUUCAGUUGUUGAACAUUGCCUUUCCCCUCUGGAGCAGAAAUCAGCUGCCAGUCAUAUCUGGAACUUGGAAGUUUCACUGGUGAGAAAUUCAAUUCUGGAAAAGGAAACUCACAGUGGAAGAAAAAAUGGGUGGGAACUUAAACAAGAGAAGCAGAUAAGCUAUAAACCACUUCCUGUAACACUCUGUACAUGGGGGGUGUGCACAUACAUACAAACACACAGCCUUACAAUUCCAGCACUGCCUUGGGAAAGUCUGUAUUUCCAUGAAAUAAUUGCAUAUUUUUUUAAAUAAAAACCACAGCAUUUAAUGAUUAAAA